UUGACGUUGACUGCUGAAGACAGAGCUCGUCGUCCGACCUUUACUCAACAUCCAGCAUCAUGACCAAGAAGAGAAGAAAUGGCGGCCGGAACAAGCACGGCCGCGGCCACACCAGCUUCGUGCGCUGCUCUAACUGUUCCCGUUGCGUCCCCAAGGACAAGGCCAUCAAGCGUUUCACAGUGCGCAACAUGGUUGAGUCUGCGGCUGUAAGGGAUAUCAGCGACGCGAGUGUCUACCAAGAAUACGCUGUUCCCAAGCUCUACAUCAAGAUCGCCUACUGUGUCUCGUGCGCCAUCCACUCGCACGUCGUCCGUGUCCGUUCCCGUGAGGGCCGCAGGAACCGUGCUCCCCCUCCCCGCAUUCGGUUCAAGGAUGGCAAGAAGGUGAACCCCGCCGUACAAGCAGCAGAGGACGCCAAGGCCGGUGCUGCUGCUGGUGCUCGGUAAACCCGUCAUGUCCCUGUCUUCGUCAUCAGUUGCGUAUGAGAGAAUGGGUGUGUGCAUGCGUUGUGCCAGACGGAAAACCCGCGCGGCGGGAGUAUGAGACAUGUGAUUAGUUGCGUGUUGCUUGUAAUGCACCCGUUUGCUAUCAUUCCUCACUGCGUUUUCUCGAGUGACUUGUGAUCGGUGUGCUCGAGUAGAACAACGCGCUUCUCAAGCUUUUAGGGUUCACGACACGGACGUCGGAUGAGUUGCUGCAC